UGUAGUUGGUGUGUUGUUUGGUGUUUGUGAUAUGCCAAUGUCAUCUCUCUCUCUCUCUCUCUCUCUAUUCCUUUGAUAAUCUCUCCUUCCUCCCCACGCCGCCUCUUCUCCUGACCUGACCCAAAACCUUCCUUUUCUCCGAAUUCUGCUCCAAAACCUUCUUUUUGUUUUCUUUUCUUUUACUACCAAUCAGUCCCAUUGGCCAUGGGUUCAUCAUCUCUCUAAUGCCGGCGCUUCUGUUACUGUUAACAAAAUGGGAGAAAGAAGGAAUGAACCGGAGUUUGAUGAAUUAGAAAUACUUCUUGGUGAGAUACCAACUGUCACUUCUGGGAACCCACAUUCUGAGGACUCUGGACUAAACACCUCCUCCAAGGAUUUCCAAAGGGUGUCCUUGCAUGAUAGCUUGUCCCAUGAAAUCCCCAGGCCUGUUUGUGUCAAUUCCUCUGAGGGAUCUUUCCAUGACAAACUCCAGAGCUAUGGUAUUGUGGAAGAUGGAAAGAUGCCAGUGAAUAAUGUUCUUCAAUCACCCAUCAAAAGGUUUCGGCAAGAGGGCCAAAAUCUGCCUGAUGACCAAUCCUUGACAUCUGCAUUGUCAAAAUUGAACUUUGGCGAAGGAGUGACAGUGGAUGCUGUGAAUCCAAAUUUUGUGGUUUAUAAAUCUCUCGUCAAUAAUACUGUAAUGCUUGAUGACCAAUACCCAAAUGGCUUAAAGAAACCUCCUUCUGUUAUGGAUUCUCAGAUCAUGGCAGUUCACUCUCCAGAGUCGCCAAAUAGUUCGUUGGGUGGUUUUAAUGAGUUUGAUGUGGAAAGGAGUAGACGUGAAUGUUCAAAUUUGUUAAAAUUCAAUGUUCAAGAACUGAAGAAACAGCCAUUUAGUUACUCUGAGCACGUACAAAAUUUCACCAGUGCCAUGCCAUUUGCUCAUGGAGUGCAAGGUUUUCAGUUUCUCUCAGAUAUGACUGUCCCUCAUGUGGAGUUCCCUGUAAUGGCCAAUCAGCAGCAAUAUUUCUUGGAGGCACAAUCUCGACUCCAAUACUUGCAUUCACAACAAUUAAGCCAGCCUCAUAUUACAUGGAGUCAUAUGGAAGAGGAACAAUAUUAUAGGAUGCAUCAGCAAAACUUGUACUUGCAACAACUUUGGAAUCAGAAUUUGGAAGCUCGGCCUCCAAUUCAAGCAAAUGGAAAUGUGUCAACUAGGCUGAUUGGUCGGAAACAAAUGCAACCAUACUAUGAGAUGCCAGUCCCUCAGCAAUAUGAACAAUGUAAUCAAAAAUCAUAUUGGAAUAGCUAUGCUGUUAGAAAGGGUUUAAAUCAAACCAGUCCUGCCAUUUCCUCUACUGAUUAUACCACACCUCACAUUUUGGACAAAAUUGGUAAACAAUUUUUUCCUGAAAAGAUUCUAACAAGAUCACAUGGAUUGAACUCAAUCAGAUCAGUCAAGUUUGGCACCAUUGGAGGAAAUGAAUCAGUCAAUAGUUUCAACCACAAUCCUCUCUCAAAUGGUAAUUUCCGUCACAGUUUAUCCACUUCAAAUGCUGCAUGCUUCCACUCUGAUAGUCUCAGUUCACUAGGUUUGUUGGCUGAGACAACAGAUGUUAAACAUAACAAUCAGAGGCUGCAGUCUUACUUGUUGGAUGAAGUCUCUGGUAAAAUAUAUCUGAUGGCAAAGGACCAGAAUGGCUGUCGAUUCUUACAAAGGAAAUUUAUGGAGGGAACACCUGAAGAUGUUGAGAAAAUUUUCGUAGAGAUUAUAGAUCACAUUGUUGAGCUCAUGACAGAUCCAUUUGGGAAUUAUCUUGUCCAGAAGCUGCUCGAGGUUUGUGAUGAGGAUCAGCAGAUGCAGAUUCUUCAUGCAAUUACUAGGAAAGCUGGGGACCUUGUUAGAAUUUCAUGUGAUGUGCACGGGACCCGAGCUGUUCAGAAGGCUAUUGAGACCCUCAAGACUCCGGAACAGUUUUCCAUGGUUGUUUCCUCUCUAAAGCCGGGUAUAGUGACUUUGAUGAAAAACAUGAAUGGUAACCAUGUUGCACAACGCUGUUUGCAGUACUUGUUGCCUGAAUAUAGUGAGUUCCUUUUUGAAGCUGCGACUGCUAAUUGUGUCGAGCUUGCAACAGACCGUCAUGGCUGCUGUGUGCUUCAAAAAUGUCUUAGUCAUUCUGAUGGUGAACAAAGACGCCGUUUGAUUUGUGAGAUCACGUCAAAUGCUCUAAUUCUAUCCCAGGAUCCGUUUGGGAACUAUGUUGUUCAGUUUGUCUUUGAGCUUCAGGUUCCAUGGGCAACCAUGGAUAUACUUGGCCAACUGGAAGGCAAUUAUGGGGACCUGUCCGUGCAGAAAUGUAGCAGUAAUGUGGUUGAGAAAUGCCUGAAAUAUGCAGGAGAAGAAUGCCGCUUGGGUAUUAUUCAGGAGCUAAUAAAUAAUCCACGGUUAGAUCAAAUCAUGCAAGAUCCAUAUGGAAAUUAUGUUAUCCAAGCAGCAUUAAAUUAUUCGAAGGGAGCUCUUCAUGCUGCAUUAGUGGAGGCCAUUAAACCUCAUGUUUCUGUGCUGCGGACCAGCCCAUAUGGGAAGAAAGUCCUAUCAAGUUAUAGUUUGAGGAAAUAAUUUAUGGGUUUUAUUUUCCCAGAGGAUCCUGCAGACUCUGUUGUAAUAAACAUCGAGUCUUGGAGCUCAUAGAAAAAAUAGAGGAUCAAAGUGCAUUUAACAGCUCAUCUGAACAGAUGGAAGAAACAAAGAAAUGCGAAGGUUGUAGAGUUUUUUAAAGCUAAAUAUGGAACUCGUACCAAAGCUCGUGCCUGGAAGAUUUGAGGGCUGAUUUUGCAUUAUCUGGGUUUUCAUGCCAGACCUUAAAUUUUUGGUGUACACUCCAUGUCUAUAAAUCUGCAUAGUCAUGCCUUGUUUAUUUUGUCGUAUGUAUAUGGCACUAUUGUUUAAGUUUGUAACAUUCCUUCGAAUUCCUUUUUCUAGACCAAUCAUUUGGCAAUCUUGAGUUAUGAGAAUUAUUAUUAAUUCCA